AUGGUCAACACAGACGAGACGAAGCAGAUGGAAGCAGCCAGGCGCGGGCGAAAGCUGUUUGGGCGGACGCUCAUCAACAUCUUCCAGCAGGAGCUGAACGAGCUUUGCUCGACGCUGGAAGCCAGAGACUGCCGGCACAUUCGCUGCCUGAGACCGAAUGAUGAACAGAAGCCCUUGUUCUUCGACGACAAGUCUAUGCUUCGGCAAUGCCGCUAUAGUGGGUUGCUCGAGGCGACGCGUAUCCGAAGGCAGGGCUACGCCCAUCGAAGGUCGCUCUCACACUUUGCAUCAAGGUACGCACUACUUCUGGCCACUCCAGAGGCUCGACGUGGGGCCCGACGCACGAUGGAUGCUCCCGCCUGCAUUGCCAUCAGCGAGGUGGCAGCGUUUGGCGGCGUCUCUCGCGACGACCUGCGGAUCGGGGCGACCAAGGUCUUCAUGCGUGCGCCUGCCCUUGCGUGGUUGGAGAGCAGGAGGUCCCUGCAUGCCUCCCUCACUAUCCUCGCUGCCCUCAGGGGCCACAGGGCUCGGCAUGCCUAUCAGCAGAUCCGUCGCAGCGCGCUGAAGCUGCAGGCCUUGCAAAGAGGCCGCGCUGGGCGGCGGCGCGCAGGGCGCCUUGCUGCGGAGCGAGCGCGAUACCAGGCUGAGCGACAGGCAGCAGAGGCAGCUGCGGCUGCAAAGGCUGCAGCUCGCGCUCGGGCUGCUGUCUGGGAGGACGCAGCCUUGCAGCUCCAGUGCAACUGGCGUGGAAGGCAGGCCAGGAAGGCUCUGGCCGCUGCACGUGAAGACCGGCGGCGCCGCAUUGAGACCCUUGCGGUGGCAGCCGCCAACGCGGCCACGACUCCGCUGGAGGCGAAGAAGGUUGCCACCUUCACAACAGCUCCACGUGCAGAUUCAACCAAGAGGCUUGUCGGCGAGAUCCGACUGGGCCAGCCGCAGUACGGCCAGCGGUACACGAGGCAUGGUCUGCACCGGUUGGUCCCAAGCUAUUCCAUGGUGUGGCAGGCCACUGAAGGACCACGAGAUUCGGGCAGCCUGCCGUAG